GUUUAUGUCAGAAUUAUCUUAAUAGAGUGGUAAAUAGCAGAAAUUCCGAAUAUUUAAGACAAACUUAAAGUCAUUAAAUAAAAUUUAAAAUGGAAAUCGUCAACCCAAACGCAGCUGUUCUUACCAACUUCGAGGUUAUGAAUACACUAAAAAACAUGAAAAGUAGCAAGAAAAAGCAUGGUUUGAGGAAUUUGGCUACCAUUACGUAUGAAACGGUUCAGUAUCUGGAAGAUACGGCAUGUCGAGAUCAAAGCUCCGAUUCGAUAGUAAAUUUUCUUAAAGCAAUGAAACAGUUUAAUCUCACCAAAAACGAAUGUCUGAUGAUGAUCAAUGACCCUCCCAGUUCUGCCUUGCACAUACAGAUCAUGAUCGAAGAUUCCGAUGAACGACUAACUGACGAGCAAGUCAAUCGUAUUAUUGAGUUUGGAUCAAAACUUCGAACGAGUAGCAUCGACAGUGUAAGUCAUCAAACUGAAGAAAACGAAUGAUUAAUGCCUUGAAAUGUGUGACGAUUUAAUAUUCCUUGUACAUAUACAAAUAAUUUAAGUUGUAAAAUAAAAACGAACUAGCUUAAGAUACAUCUCAAUAU